AUGCAAACAAAUUAGAUAAGGUUAAAGAAGUUAUAUAAGGAGUUAUAUCUAUUAUCUGCAUGAAAAAUAUUUAUAUAUUAUUUAUAUGAAUAAUAUUUUGUAUUAUCUAUAUGAAAAACCAGAUGAACUAUCCCAUUGAAUUGUUAACGAGUGAUAUCUUUGUACAAGCGUCGAACACUGUCAAGGAAUAGUCCCGGGUGAAUAAUUGACAUUUCUUUCUGAGAAAAUCAAGUUGUUUUUCUGCUGAUACAGCCUAUUCAUCCACUGAGGUACUCAUCAAACAGAAAAAUCAGUAUUCUAUUGGCUUCUUGGAGUAUUCAUUAAAAAUAAUUCGUUUUCAUUGAUUCUUAUCGGUAAGGAUGAUUUAUCGUUCGGAACAAUUAAUACAUAACUUAACUUGGGUAGAAACUUGAACAGUCCAAUGUACAAUACAUUCGUCUUAAAGUAAAUAAUACUAUAUGAGAAACAGUAAAAAGGGAAAUAAUUUUAAAAAAAGUUAUCAAGUUGACUAAGAGUAUAGGCUUACUGAAGUUUUGACAUGUAUUAUCUUGGAGUACGUACCUGCAGUCGAAGUGAUCUUUUUAUAAGCUUUUAGAUGAAAAGAAGAGUAGAUUCUUAUACCGUUAACUUCUGAUAAAUGUUUAUGUCAUUCAAUUUCGUUAGACAAGACAACCGUGUUAACAUUAAUGUAAAUAAUAACAAUGCUAUGCUAUAGAAUGAUGCAAGCAACAACGCUUUGCUUUUACUUCUGAACAAAUCAAUAAUUGAAGGAAUAAAUCGCUUAAGUAAACAACACGUGUCAUCGAGUAACAGACAAAGAAAACAUAAUAUAAUAGCGAUGAUAUUGUUCGUGUUUUUCUGCAUUAUUGUUAUACUUGUAGUCAUAUUCAUUGGCUGGAAUUUAAUGCAACCUUAUGCUAAAUUAUACGGCGGUGCUCCUCAAACUUUAGGUUGUACUAUACAUUUGUAGGUAGUUCAGUUCAAUCCUAAAGCGAAAAGGUUUUAAUUUUCUGAGGGAUACUUACACUCACUAGUUCUUUGUGUACAAAAUAUAAAUUGCUUUUUUGUUAACAGGCCAGUAUAUACGUCAAAAGAGUUUCAAGUUACGUGGUUAUUCGACUAUUCAAGAGGUUGGAAAUCGUAAUAAUAUUAAAAGGUUAUGUCGAUAUAAUCAAACACAUUUGAAAACUGAUGCUCAUUGUGGUAUCGAAAUGCUGCAAAAUCGUGGUUUUGUUACAAAAGCUGUUUCAGCCAUUGAAUCAAAUACAAACAGUGGUGCAAUUUAG